CUAUAUCCGGUCUCCCCGGACCCUGCAUUCACUAUAUCUGGUCUCCCCGGACCCUGCAUUCACUAUAUCUGGUCUCCCCGGACCCUGCAUUCACUAUAUCUGGUCUCCCCGGACCCUGCAUUCACUAUAUCCGGUCUCCCCGGACCCUGCAUUCUCUGUAUCCGAUCUCCCCGGACCCUGCAUUCACUAUAUCCGGUCUCCCCGGACCCUGCAUUCACUAUAUCCGGACCCUGCAUUCACUACAUCCGCUCUCCCCGGACCCUGCAUUCACUACAUCCGCUCUCCCCGGACCCUGCAUUCACUACAUCCGCUCUCCCCGGACCCUGCAUUCACUACAUCCGCUCUCCCCGGACCCUGCAUUCACUACAUCCGCUCUCCCCGGACCCUGCAUUCACUACAUCCGGUCUCCCCGGACCCUGCAUUCACUACAUCCGGUCUCCCCGGACCCUGCAUUCACUACAUCCGCUCUCCCCGAACCCCGCAUUCACUACAUCCGCUCUCCCCAUACCCCGCAUUCACUACAUCCGCUCUCCCCAUACCCCGCAUUCACUACAUCCGCUCUCCCCGGACCCUGCAUUUACUAUAUCCGCUCUCCCCGGACCCUGCAUUUACUAUAUCCGCUCUCCCCGGACCCUGCAUUCACUAUAUCCGCUCUCCCCGGACCCUGCAUUCACUAUAUCCGCUCUCUCC